AUGGAGCCAACUGGCCAAGUAAAUGAACAAGGGCAACUGCCUGCUCGAGGAAGAGGAAGAAGAAGAGGAGGAGGAGUAAGGGUGCGUGGUGGUAGAACAGGGGGAAGAGGCCGAGGAGCACGAAGACACCAUGCUGUCCCGGAUGAAAUUCGGGCCACACUUAUAGACCACGUUAUCAACCAUCGCCUCACAAUGGCGGAGGCAGGUCGCCGAGUGCAGCCUAAUGUGCCACGAUCUACAGUCUCCUCCAUCAUCCAAACCUUUCGCAGGGAAAACAGGAUUGGACGACAACCUCGCACGGGUGGCAGACGAAAACUUCUCAAUGACCAACAAGAACAAGACAUCUGUAACAUGGUGAUGGCAAAUAAUGCCAUCACACUGAGACAGAUCCGCACUGCAAUCAUAGAAGACAAUGCCAUAUUCCAAAAUGUCAACUCUAUAAGCAUCUCCACAAUAGACUGGAUAUUGAAGAAGCAUCAGAUGACCAUGAAGCAACUUUACAGGGUACCAUUUGAGAGGAACUCUGAUAGAGUGAAAGAGCUGCGGCAACCCUAUGUUGCCGACCCGGGCACCCGCGAGUUCCCCGGGAUGGCCCAGCGAGCGGUGGAGGGAGGCCACACGGCCGACAUCAGGCGCCCGGGACAUGCCCGUGGCCAGGACGACGGAGGUCCGAGCGACACGCGACCAUCUGUCAGUCCCUCAGGGGGCAUCAUAGUCUGCUGUGCACGGUCUCAUAGCACUCUCAGCGGGGUCAUGGCAGCAUUGCCAGCCCCCCAGUACCUCCUGCUUUACAUUUCCAUCCUGAGGCAACAGAGCCGUCCCACGAGACACUUGAAGAUGCAGAUCUACAUGUACAACUCAGAUGACUUCGACAGCCUUGGUGCAGCGCUCAGGGAGAAGAGGAUCAUCGCAGCCAUGGCUGUGUUUUUUCAGGUGGGAGGGAAGGACAAUCCUGCUGUCGACCCCAUAAUCCAUGGCCUGAAGGGUGUGGUCCAUCAUGAAAAAGAGACUGUCCUGGAGCCAUUUGUACUGAAGGACCUGCUGCCGUCCUUGCUGGGAAGUUACUAUCGCUACACUGGCUCUCUGACCACUCCACCUUGCAGCAAGGUAGUGGAGUGGAUCAUCUUCAACAGACCCAUCUACGUCUCCUACAAACAGUUGGAGUCUUUCUAUUCGAUCUUCACCACAGAGCAGCAGGACCAUGUUAAGUCGGUGGAGUAUCUGCGCAGCAACUUCAGGCCCAUCCAGAGCUUGGACAACCGCCAUGUCUACAAGUCAGCAGUGAAAGACGCCUGGCUGCCUGACCUGACUGACAGUGGAAGCGGGCCAUAUGGCACAGAGGCUUCCAAAGUCUGCAGCAGUGCUCCCAUCAACAUGAAGGUGCAGCACGUGAACAGCAGCGCUCUAGUGGUGCGAUGGGCUCGUCCUGAGAUCACCUACCACCCGCCCAUCCUCCACUUCCUGGUGUCCUACAGCUGGACGGCCCAUGACGACAGCUACGAGGAGACGCACCUUACCGACGCCAAACACAAACUGGAGGCCGUUAUUUCUCCCGUCUCCCCCGAUGUGCUGUACCUGUUUCGAGUCCAGGCCGUCUGCAUGAAUGACAUGCGCAGUGACUUCAGCCAGAGCAUGCUGUUCAGAGCAAACACCACCAGGAUCUUUGAGGGGACAAGGAUUGUGAAAACUGGAAUGCCUACAGUGUCUCCAGCCUCCUCAGCCGACAUGGCUCCCAUCUCCUCUGGCUCAUCUACCUGGACCUCCUCAGGCAUCCCCUUCUCCUUCGUCUCCAUGGCGACUGGCAUUGGUCCAUCCUCCAGCGGUAGUCAGGCAACAGUGGCGUCUGUGGUGACCAGCACUUUACUGGCCGGCCUGGGCUUUAGCGGUGGUGUCAUCUCCUCCUUCCCUAGCUCUGUUUGGCCAAGCAGAGCACUUACACAUAAUCCCACCUCCACACACCAGACCACCGAACCCACCAAGCCUGCCAAAGACGCAACCACCUCCGCCUCUGCUGUUGUGGCGGCCACAGCCAAAGACAACGGUGAAUCUGGGGGUGAGGACAGAGAGAACAGCAAGGGUCAAGGAGAGGACGGAGAGAGAGAAGGAGAGGAGAAGGAUGAAGAGGAAGAAGAAGAAGAGAAAGAGGAGAAGAAGGAGAAGAAGGGUUCAGGGGGUGUCGGAGGGGCAAGGAGGAAGGACAGCAGCACAGCGAUGAAUGAGCCGCCUUGCGAGACACCGGAUGCCACUGCAAAGGAGAAAAAACAGACUGAACCAGAUCCGACUAACUUGACACCUGGUGUAGAAGACCAACUGUAUACCCAUAAUCCACUUGACUCUAACCCAACUACCACCACAGAGACAACCAAUGAAACGGCAGCAUUUCCUUUUCCCAAGGAUCCAACAGCAACACACAGACCCAGAAGAGAGGGGCACAAGAAGCAUUGGCCCUUCUCCAUUCAUACUGCUCUGAGCUCCAACCCCUCCCAUCUGAGAGAGCUGGACCUGAGCUACAAUCAUCCAGGAGACUCAGGAGUGAAGCAGGCGUUUGCUGGACUGGAGGAUCCACAGUGGAGACUGGACACUCUCAGUCUGCUCGGUUCUGCAGAGGUACAACGGUGCACUGUUGAUAUGAAGAUCACAUCAGAGCACUCCAACCACCCUGACAACAAGCACAAGAACAGAUACAUCAACAUAGUGGCCUAUGACCACAGCAGGGUGAAGCUGAGGCCACUGGCUGGGAAGGACUCCAAACACACUGACUACAUCAAUGCCAACUAUGUGGAUGGUUAUAAUAAGCCUAAAGCCUACAUCGCAGCCCAGGGACCUCUCAAGUCCACUUUUGAAGACUUUUGGCGGAUGGUGUGGGAGCAAAAUGUUGGCAUCAUUGUCAUGAUCACCAACUUAGUGGAGAAAGGCCGGAGAAAAUGUGACCAGUACUGGCCAACAGAGAACAGUGAGGAGUACGGCAACAUGUUGGUCACGCUGAAAAGCACUAAAGUUCAUGCCUGCUACACUGUUCGCCACUUUACACUGCGCAACACUAAAGUCAAAAAGGGUGGGAAGGGGAACCCUAAGGCACGGGCCCAGAGUGAACGGAUGGUGCUCCAAUAUCAUUACACCCAGUGGCCUGACAUGGGUGUUCCCGAGUACACCCUGCCUGUCCUCACCUUCGUCCGAAGGUCCGCAGCCGCCCAGAUGCCUGACAUGGGACCCAUGCUCGUCCAUUGCAGUGCUGGAGUGGGUCGGACAGGGACGUACAUCGUCAUAGACAGCAUGCUGCAGCAGAUCACAGACAAGAGCACAGUUAAUGUACUUGGCUUCCUCAAACACAUACGCACCCAGCGCAACUACCUAGUCCAGACUGAGGAGCAGUACAUCUUCAUCCACGAUGCCUUGAUGGAAGCCAUUUUGGGGAAGGAGACAGAAGUAGCGGCGAGCCAACUUCACAGCUACUUUAACAGCAUCGUGACAUCAGGACACGGCGGCCGGACAUGUCUGGAGAAACAGUUCAAGUUGGUAACACAGUGUAACGGCAGAUUCAUGGAAUGCUUCAACGCUCAGAAGGAGUGCAACAAAGAGAAAAAUCGAAAUUCCUCCGUGGUGCCAUCAGAGCGAGCGAGGGUCGGCCUAGCACCUUUGCCUGGCAUCAAAGGCACCGACUACAUAAACGCCUCUUACAUCAUGGGUUACUACCGGAGUAAUGAGUUCAUCAUUACCCAGCAUCCUUUGCCCCACACCACAAAAGACUUCUGGAGAAUGAUCUGGGACCACAACGCACAAAUUAUUGUUAUGCUGCCUGCCAACCAUGGACUGGCGGAGGAUGAGUUUGCAUACUGGCCCAGUCGGGAGGAGGCCAUGAACUGCGAGGCGUUCACUGUCACCCUCAUCAAUAAAGACCAACUCUGUCUGUCUAACGAGGAGCAGAUCAGCAUCCAUGACUUCAUCCUGGAAGCUACACAGGAUGACUACGUAUUAGAAGUUCGUCACUUUCAGUGCCCCAAGUGGCCGAAUGCCGACGCGCCCAUCAGCAGCACCUUCGAGCUCAUCCGUGUCAUUAAAGAGGAGGCGGCCUCCCGCGAUGGACCCACAAUCGUCCAUGAUGAGUCAGUCUGAUUUUAUCUACUCUUAUAUGUCUCACCGCAUCUUGCAGUUAGAUGGGUUGAUUCCUAGUAGGUACUGCCAAUGUGAAUAGAAUAAUAAUAUAGCUUUAUUUAUAUAGGACUUAUCAAAUGAGUGCUUCACAUAACAAGCAAAUUAAACAAGCACAUAAAAUACAGCAAUAAAAGAAUCAAAGCACAAAACAAACCAUAUACAAAAUACAAACGCAAAACUCCUGAACAGAAUAAAAA